CUUUCAUAGCUUUGCAAGUAAUAAAUAACUUGAAAUCACUUCUAAAAAACAACAGGAAGCCAGUGGAGGGAGGCCCGGCUCGGUGUGAUCACAUUUGUGAUCCACGGCCCUGCCUUCUGUAACGCAGGCCAGAGGUUGCACGCCUGCGUUUUACUACUGCAUUUGGAAAGACUGGGGGCCUUCGGAAUGUCCGGAAUGGCAAUCACCUUUACUCUAAUUACUUUCCUAACUUCAUGGUGCUGUCAGCUGCUCCUUAGUUUCCUCACAAGUCGCAGGUUGUCACUGUCCUCUGCGCUGGUGCACGCGGUCACUAUGAGCCUUCAGACUGUCUUCCUGGCGCUCUCAGUUUGUUUUAGCAUGUUUUCCUCAUCUCCCUCCACUCACCCGAAUUCUGCUAAGUCAGGCUGCUUCAAAGUCAACAACUGCAAAUGCAUCAUGAAGGAUGGGAGCGGGGUGAUAAACCUGAAAGCUAUGGGAGAUGCGGAUGGUUUCCUGGGCCGUUUGAAGCCCGUGUCAGCAGAGGACAUGCCGGAGAACAGCGCAGAGACGCUCCUGUCCUUCAGCCCCUGCCAGCCAUUCUCACAGCCAGAAGACCUGACAGGAGCGACGGACUGCACUAAUGUCGCUGCAUGCCUCAUCGUCAGGUAUCACAGGCUCAACAGACGCUUUAUCAGCUAUGGAAAACAUGAUGGGAAUGAAUUUCUCUACAAUGACACUGUGAAGAUGCUGUCUGUCUCAUAUUUUUCUCAUGGCGAGCAGCCGCUGACAGUUGUUCAUUACCACUGUAAUCCAAAUCAGUCCACUUCUUUUAUCCGGGACCAGAGCCUCAGAACUGAGGUGCCCCUGCAGAUCUGGGUGGAGAGCCCCUGUGCUUGUCCAAAUGCGUGUGCCAUGGGGGAUCUAGGUGUAGGCACCAUCUUCCUCAUCAUCCUCUCCCUCAGUGCUGCUGCAUACUUCAUCCUUGGCUCCUGUGGUCUAAGGCCUUUUCGGAGCAGCAGUGGAGUCCUGAUCUCUCCAGAGCGCAGUGUGUGGUGCAUGAUCUGCUACCUCUGCACUGAGAGACGGCCAGAAAGAAGACACUGUACAGACAUGGCACGCUGUGAACAAUAAGCAGCUGCACACCUCUGGACCACUGCAGACUCUAUUGUGGGGUAGUUUUAUUUUGGCAGACUCCCCAGCCUCUCGUUAUGGAGCCUCCAUUUGUGGACAGUUGCAGACCUUAUCAGCAGAGGCCUGUUUCCCCAUCGCUCUUUUCUGUUCUGCCC